AUGUCCGACACUGGCCGCCAGAACUUCACCGACAAGGCUUCUAAUGCUUUGAAGCCCGAGUCUGAAAAAUCCACCGUUGAGAGUCUGGGAGACUCAGCCAAAUCCACCGGUGACUCAUUAGCUUCGACCUUCCAGCCAGAGAGCCAGAAAUCCACUACUCAAAAGGCCGGUGACGCUUUCAGCUCCAACUCGAACGAGAACGAAGAUUCGUUGUUGACCAAGGCUCAGAACGCUAUCGGCCUUGGAAACUCCGGCAACACCAGACAGUGA